AUGGAUUUUAUGCGAAUUUUUGUUCGACUCUAUAAUGUUAGAUUGAUUUUCGUAACUCUAUUUGUAAUAAGCUUGAUGGCUAAAAACUACAGUUUCCCAAUAAACAAUGGAUUCAGUUUGAAGUUAAAUUCGUUUGCAGUCAAUGGUGAUGGGAAAAUUAAAUCGUUCGGUGGACUUUUCAGUAAAAUACCAAAAGAGAUAAACAAUAAGCAGGGUAAAAUUGAUAUUAGCAAAACUUAUUACCCUAGCCCGCCGGAGUUAUUAGGAGUUGGUUGCACAAAUCAGGUGGCUAAAAUUGUUUUAACAACAAAACUCCUGAAUGAAGGUGAUGACGAACAAACAUCUGAUUAUAGAAACAUUAUAAAUUUACCACUAUUAAAACAACCAUUUGAAAAUUACAAAAUAUUAGUGGCCACUGCUCCUGUUAAUUUAAAGAUGAACAGUGAUAAUGACCCGAUGCUCAUAUACAUUGUAUUCUCAGAUGACGAAACAAAAGAGAGUGGUCCAAAAAACAUACCAAACGUAUAUUUCGUUAAUAAACAUGGUGGUAAAUUGGAAAUCAGCAAAAAGGAGAAGGCAGGACCUAUUAUAGUCAUCGACAGCAAUCGUACUAUAACAGGAUUAAAGAGCAACGAGAUAGAAAAAUUUGUGAAAUUCAAAAAUAAAUUUGAUCGACGACAUAAAUAUUAUAUUACACGAUAA